AUGAAGGCUUUAAAACCGAUUUUGAGAAGUUGGAAUAAAGAGGUUUUUGGGCAGAUUGACUCCAAGAAGCAGAAUGCGUGGAAUUUAAUAGAUUACUGGCAUAAGGAAGAGGGAGUUCAUUUUUUGUCUUUGAAAGAAGAUGAGGCUAGGAAAGAGGCAAGAGAGUCAUAUAAGAAGUGGGCCUUAUUAGAAGAAGUGUCUUGGAGGCAGAAGUCUAGGGAAAUCUGGCUGAAUGAGGGGGAUAAAAACACUAGGUUUUUUCAUCAGAUGGCUAAUGUUCACAGAAUGAGGAAUCAGCUGACUAGAGUAAAGGUGAAUGAGAGGUGUUUAACUGAGGAAAGUGAAAUCAAAGAAGAGGUGAGAAUAACUUUCCAAGGACUGUUGGCAGAUCCUGGUGACUGGAAGCCUAGUAUAAAUGGUUUAAAUUUUGAGAGGCUGGAAAAGGUGGAAAUAGUGUGGGGGGUGGAGAAGCCGUUCUCAGAGGAGGAGGUUUUUGAAGCACUGGUAGACUGUUGCGAAGAGAAAGCGCCAGGCCUUGAAGGUUUCUCAAUGGCCUUUUGGCAGUUUUCUUAG